CUAUUGUUACGAACCGAAUAUCAAACAGUGUCGACAAAUAACGAAAGCUUGAAUAUUGAAAAGGCAAUCAAUAUUUAUUUUAUUUUCUCGCCUGUGGCAGAAUAGACGCGCCAUGAAACUUUUACUUUGAUAUAUCGUCUGGAUUCGAAUUAUCGUCACACUGAAGUGAAGGAAGGCUGCCAUGAAUGAGACGGAUAAUGGCUGGGAUGAAGUUGAAAGCCUCAUGUCAAUGUCUGAUGCUACGAUUUACAGCAGUACUCAGAAUGAUGCUGUGAGUAUUGCUGAUUCUCAAGACAUUGAUAACGAGUCAGGUAGCGUACAAGACAACGAAAUGGUCGUUAUAAAGGAAGACAACGAUGAAUACGAAAAACAUGGCGAACAGCAAGAUCGUCGAAGACCACACAAUCAAAAGAGCACUAAAGGUCUUAACCACGGAACUAAAAUUCCCGAACUUCAGGAGCUUAAAGGUUUGAGUUUAAGCUCGACCGACGAAGUAAAAACUAUAAAAAAUGAAAACAUUAAUGACGAUUUGCAAAAUUCGAAUGAUAUCGACUCUCCAGGUGAAAAGUCCAGUGAAGAGGAAAAGUUGGAACCGGAUAAUUUGGAACCGGAAGAAAUGCUGGAUGGUGGAGCUGAAGAGCUUCCUUUUGUGAGAUCCGUCAAGUAUCUUGAGAAACAUGAAAUCUUCAGGCUUUUUCAGGGUCUCGCUGCGGACAUUGUCUACCGGCGCCCACAUAAUCCUCUGCAGUUUAUUGUGGAUAAACUAGAGAAAGAAAAACAAGAAAGGAAUACAGCUGAAGAUACGAACACUAACGAAGACGGCCAAUCAAGUUGAUCUUUAGAUAUCUUAUGCGCAUUAUUGUUUGCGCACUGUGUGUACAAAGAAGCUGCAAAGUGCUAUUGGAUUAUUAAUGAUUUAUUAUUGAUUAUAACACCCUGGAACUAAUCCUAACUCUAACCUAUCCAAAUGCAAAAAAACCUAACCUUAGACUUUAUUACGGAAUAGUGCAAUUUCAUUUAGUCUUACCGGAAGUAGUAAGAAGCCAGCGGAAUGUAACAAGUCGCAUUGCGCAAGCGCAAUAGUGUUGAUGAUCUAUAUUCUUGCGUCGAUUUCCGGGGUUGAGGAAAUCAUUGCAGUGUAUUGUCAUCCUGUCUUAGAGACAUAUUUUAAAAUAGCGGCUAUUUCGUCCCCUGUACACUACAAUGCACUGCACUGAAAUGCAACUCGCCUUUCAUUCAACCUCGGAAUGGUUUGGUGAAACUUGUGAUACUAUURCAUAGAGCUCAGUCUGGGCCAAUUACAUCCAAAAGGAACCCAUUUUCCCAAAAUAAAAGCCAAUAAAAUAAAACAAACUAAACUAUAUUUAGUUAAGAAGUGUAGUUUUGAAUAAAAAAGAAGAUUCCUCUG